UUAUGAAUUGCAAAUGAUAUUUAAAUAAAAUAAUAAUAAUAAUAAAAAGAAAAUCAAACCCCUCUUUCAGACAACUCCAUGUCUUAGCUCCGACAUACUCCUUUUUUUUUAUUCUUUUUUUUUUUUUUGUUUUUUUCUUACUCGUUUUUAUUUUUAUUUUUUGGUUUCUCUUUCUCCCCUUCUAAGCGAUCUUCUGCAAUCUCUUCAAUUCAUAAAACACGUGAAACAUCCAUUUCAAUCCCAUUUCUUACAUUUCAGAUUUAUAGGUUUUUUUUUUUUGUUUUUGUUUUUGUUUUCUUGUUGAUAAUUUUGGGCGCUAUCACUUGGCAAAGGCAAUUUGGGGAAUUCAAUAAUACCAUCACUCAGAUUUGUGCUAAAUUCAAAGUGGGUUUAGCUGGGAAAAAAUUUCAGCUUCGAGUACUUAUACUUUCAGGCAACUUGUGGCCUUGCCGUAGCUCCUAUUAAGGUGGAGUCAUUGUCAGACUUAAGAAUUGAACCUUAUAUUGGUAGCCAAAGCACUACAAGUCUUUGCCUGCUGAUUGUAAACGUUUGAUGAGAAAUAUGCCAUGGUGGGGGAAGUCGUCGUCGAGAGAAGCAAAGAAGAAGACAAGCAAGGAAAGUCUAAUCGGUACAUGGCACCGAAAAUUGAGGACUUCAUCUGAUAGUAAAGUGAGCUGUGGAUCAGGAGGGGCUCGAAAACAAUGCAGUGACACAGUUUCAGAAAAGGGGUCUCGCUCCCCUCAAGAAUCUAGAUCUCCUUCUCCUUCUAAACAAGUGGCAAGGUGUCAAAGUUUUGCUGAUAGGCCUUCUCAUGCUCAACCACUUCCACUCCCUGCAACCGUGGGUCGUACAGAUUCUGGAAUUAGCAUAUCAACAAAGCCAAGAUGCGAAAAGGGCUCCAAGCCAUCAAUUUUUAUGCCUCUCCCAAGGCCUGUAUGCAUCCAAAGCAGAUCAAAUCCUAAUGAUUUAGAUCUAGAUUUGGUUACAGCUUCACUGUCUAGCGAGAGUUCUGUGGAUAGUGAUGAUGCAACUGACUCACGCCAUCGUAGUCCACAAGCCACUGACUAUGAAAAUGGGACUAGAACUGCCAUGGGGAGUCCUUGCAGCUUGAUGCCCAAGGAUCAAUCCUCAAAUGCCAUCCCAAUAAACUCUAGAGAUUCUAAAAACUCAGCUAACCCUUCUUUCAACAAUCGAAUUUCCUCUACAUCUCCUAAACAGAGGCCCUUGAGCAGUCACGUGCCAAACCUACAGGUUCCUUAUCAUGGUGCAUUCUGCAGUGCUCCAGACAGCUCCAUGUCAAGUCCUUCCAGAAGUCCAAUGAGAGUAUUUGGCGCUGAGCAGGUGAUGAACACUGCUUUUUGGGCUGCGAAGCCUUACCCCGACAUCACUUUACAUGGAUCUGGCCACUGCUCAAGUCCUGGUUCAGGUCAAAAUUCUGGGCAUAAUUCUAUGGGAGGGGAUAUCUCUGCACAGUUCUUUUGGCAACAAAGCAGGGGUAGCCCUGAGUACUCUCCAGCACCUAGUCCCAGAAUGACUAGCCCUGGCCCAGGUUCCAGAAUUCAAAGUGGUGCUGUCACACCUAUCCAUCCUAGAUCAGUUGGAACACCAUCUGAGUCACAGACAAGUUGGCCUGAUGAUGGGAAGCAACAGAGUCACCGUUUGCCUCUUCCUCCAGUGGCGGUUUCUAAUUCUUCUCCUUUUGCUCAUUCCAAUUCUGCAGCAACUUCUCCUUCUGUGCCGCGAAGCCCUGGAAGAGCAGAGAAUCCAGCAAGUCCUGGAUCACGCUGGAAAAAGGGAAAGCUAUUGGGCAGAGGGACAUUUGGACACGUUUACGUUGGUUUUAACAGUGAGAAUGGAGAAAUGUGUGCAAUGAAGGAGGUUACUUUAUUUUCAGAUGAUGCAAAAUCUAAGGAAAGUGCUAAGCAAUUAAUGCAGGAAAUUGCUCUGCUCAGCCGUUUGCGGCAUCCAAACAUUGUGCAGUAUUAUGGGUCUGAAACAGUGGGGGACAAAAUUUAUAUAUACCUGGAGUAUGUAUCUGGUGGGUCAAUCUAUAAACUUCUUCAAGACUAUGGACAGUUUGGCGAGCUAGCAAUUCGUAGUUAUACUCAACAAAUCUUGUCAGGCCUUGCAUAUUUACAUGCUAAAAACACUGUUCACAGGGAUAUCAAAGGAGCAAAUAUACUUGUGGACCCAAAUGGCCGUGUUAAAUUGGCAGACUUUGGGAUGGCAAAGCAUAUCAGUGGGCAGUCAUGUCCUUUGUCAUUCAAGGGAAGCCCAUACUGGAUGGCGCCUGAGGUUAUAAAGAACUCAAAUGGUUGCAACCUUGCUGUGGAUAUCUGGAGUCUUGGCUGCACUGUUUUGGAGAUGGCUACAACAAAACCACCCUGGAGCCAGUAUGAAGGGAUUGCUGCCAUGUUUAAGAUUGGGAAUAGCAAGGAGCAACCAGCGAUUCCAGAUCAUCUCUCAGCCGAUGGAAAGGAUUUUGUAAUCCAAUGCUUACAACGAAAUCCACUUGAUCGUCCCACAGCUGCUAAACUUUUGGAUCACCCUUUUGUGAAAUAUGCUGCACCUCUGGAAAAACCUGUUUCGGGCCCAGAGCUGUCAGAUGCCUCCCCUGGUGUUAUUAAUGGAGUGAAAGCUCUGGGAAUUGGGCAAGCUAGAAAUUUCUCAACCUUGGAUUCAGAUAGACUUGCAGUUCAUUCCUCGAGAGUGUUGAAAACUAAUUCCCACGCCAGUGAUAUCCAUAUUCCGAGGAACAUAUCAUGCCCUGUCUCACCAAUUGGAAGCCCUCUAUUGCACUCAAGGUCUCCAAAAUACCUAAAUGGAAGAAUGUCCCCUUCUCCUAUCUCUAGUCCACGAACCACUUCCGGUUCAUCCUCUCCUCUGACAGGUGGCAGUGGUGCAAUUCCUUUUAAUCACCUUCAACAGCCAGCAUACUUGCAAGAGAGUUAUGGAAGCGUACCAAAGCCCUCAAAUGGUUUUUAUAUUAAUGGUUUCUCUCAUCACGAUUCAAGUCAUGACAUCUUCCAAGGGAUGCAACCAGGAUCUCAAGUGUUCUCUGAACUGGCACCCAGCGAGAAUGAUGUCCUAGGAAAGCAUUUUGCAAGACCUGCCCAUGGAGAACGGUAUGAUGGACAAUCAGUUUUGGCUGAUUGUGUGUCUCGGCAACUCUUGAGGGAAAAUGUCAAACUAAAACCAUCUCCGGACUUGAGCCCCACUUCUCAUUUGCCCAGCCAUACAAACUGUUUCUAACUUCCUGCAUGUGCAAGGACCCAAUCAGAGUGAGUUCUGAAGUUUUUGUGACCAUACAGAAUCAAUUCAUUCAUCUUAUUAAACUACUAAAGGAAUCUAUUUGUACAAUAAGGAACCACAAUGGAAGCAUUGUGGAAUAAGGUUAAAGUCUGGAAAGUGGAAGAAGUUGCUGGAGGGAGACAAUUUCUUUUCCUUUGGCAUAGUAUUCAGAUCCUUGAGCUAAGCUGUAAGAUGACUCUGAUUCUAAUGUUGGAUGUUUGCCUUGCCAAAUUUAUUCAAAUGAAGCUUGCUUCCUGGCAGAUAAGAAAGACCAUUAGGAGGUAGCUCAUGAUAUGAUGCGGCGUCGACAUGUAUGAAGCUGAGUGCUUGAACUAUCAACUAGUGCUUUACUGAUCUGAGAUGUUGAAAAGUUUGUUUUUGCGCCAAAGCAUGGCUUCUGAUCUUUUAUGUAAUUGCAGUUCCUUAGUAAGAAAAAAGAAUAUUCAAGGCCGUGAGAAAUGUAUAUUUCUUAGAACAUGAUAUAGAAGAAAAUAAUAACAUUUUUUUUUUUUUUUUUUUUCGGGGCUGGAGGGAGGGGGGUGGGUGUUCGAAACUGCUGUACAGAAGAUGGGAGACUGGAUUAUAUCCAGAUUCAAAAAUGGAAAAGGCAGGAUUUUCAUUGAGCCUGCGCAUCUCUGUUUCUUGCAAUGUUUUUCUAGCCGACUCGGGUGUAACUUUGUAUACUGCUCUACCUGAUUUCUUGUUUGUACAGCACCACUUUAAUUGAAAUGAAGAUUCUAAAAUUUCAAGGUUCUGCAUUA